CGAAUUACCCACUUUUUCUUAAACUUCAUUCUGUCUAUAUUCAUCGCUGGAGAGAAAAGGCAGGCAAUAAAAACAGUAUAUACUCCAUUUAUUCAGUUUACAUUAACAAACAUGACCCCGACAGCAGACGCCACAAACGAUAUUUAUGGCCCAGCUGGCCCUCCCACUAUAUCCUCAGUCCGUACUGAAAUUGCUAUGCGUGGAGGCUCUGGUGCUUCCGGUAGUUAUUCAAGAGUUGCAGGAUCGCAACGACAACCAGCCACGCAUGGAUCUCGUACCAUCACUAUUGACCCAACCGAAAUUGAAGAGGAUCCUGAUACAGCAGACCAUGAGCAUGGUGUCCUCGAACUAACAGGAGAAUCAAAUGCAGGCCGUCGAGUUCAAUGGGAUGACGAUGUGAUUGAUAAUGAACACAUGGGCAAGAAAAAGUCAAAGAUCUGUUGUAUUUUCAAAAAGCAAAAAGAGUUUGGGGAAUCUUCAGACGAGUCAUCAUUAGAUUCAGAUUCCUCAAGCUCAGAGUCAGAUGGCGGACCUAUAUCAGCAGGCUCUGGAAGUGGGGAGGGAAAGGGAAAAGGAAGCAAAAAAGACAACGAUGGACACUGUAAUCAUUCAGAUGACCUAGAACAUCAACAUCAUCAUCAUAGCCAUCAUCAUCACGGACCGAAGAAGGCAAAGAAGAAGGUCUUGAAUGAGUAUGAACGGAUGCCCAAAGUGAAAUCAACUAUGUCUAAACCUGCUAAUCAGCAUCAGCAGCCUGAAGUGCCAGAUCCACAGCAAUGAUGUAUUCAUGUAGCGAUUUAAACAACAUAAAAUAGAGCACUGUGUUAAUGUAUAAAGACAGUAAAGGGAUUU